CCCCCUUGCCUUUCUAUUUGGGUUCUCGUUUCCCACUCUUUCUCUUUCAAACUCCGUCCAAGUCCGAACCCUAACCCUAAUUUUCCUGGAAAAUUAGAGAAUGUUGGAGCUGAGGCUGGUGCAGGGUAGCCUGCUGAAGAAGGUUCUAGAGUCCAUCAAGGACCUGGUGAACGAUGCCAACUUCGAUUGCUCCGCCACGGGCUUCUCGCUGCAGGCCAUGGACUCCAGCCACGUCGCCCUGGUGGCUCUCCUUCUCCGCGCCGAGGGCUUCGAGCACUACCGCUGCGACCGCAACAUUUCCAUGGGGAUGAACCUCGGAAACAUGGCCAAGAUGCUCAAGUGCGCUGGUAACGACGAUAUCAUCACCAUCAAGGCCGACGAUGGUAGCGAUACCGUCACCUUCAUGUUUGAAAGUCCCACUCAAGAUAAGAUUGCUGAUUUUGAGAUGAAACUAAUGGACAUUGAUAGUGAACAUCUUGGAAUUCCUGAAGCCGAGUAUCAUGCUAUUGUCCGGAUGCCUUCGUCAGAAUUUGCUAGGAUUUGCAAAGAUCUUAGCAGUAUUGGUGACACUGUUGUGAUCUCAGUGACAAAGGAAGGUGUCAAGUUCUCAACAAGAGGUGAUAUUGGAACGGCAAAUGUUGUUUGCAGGCAGAAUACUACUGUAGACAAGCCAGAGGAAGCUACAGUUAUUGAGAUGAACGAGCCUGUGUCGUUAACAUUUGCCCUGAGAUACCUGAACUCGUUCACAAAGGCAACCCCGUUGUCAAGCACUGUCACAGUAAGCCUGUCUUCAGAGCUGCCUGUUGUGGUUGAGUACAAGAUUGCUGAAAUGGGUUAUAUCAGGUUCUACUUGGCUCCUAAGAUAGAAGAGGAUGAAGAUGAGAGUAAGCCUUGAGCCCAAAUUUUCAUAUUCUCCUUGUUGUAAGGCUUUAGCUGGUUUCUUUUGAAUCAGCCCAUGUGCUGAUGAAGGAAAUAUUUCUUGUGCAUUGCUUUAGGAUCUCACCUCUAGAACCCACUUAGUAGUUUAGAUGAUUUCUAGAAAUCUUGGAGCUGCCUGUUUUUCCCUUGAAGAAACGUACUUUGCCCUGAAUUUUUAAAUCUCUGUUUGCGUUGCUCCUGUGA